GAUCAACUGGCUUACCUCCCUAUCUCGGCCAAAGUUUUGCUUGUCGAUCGAGAUUUGAACAAGUGUUGCAAGUCAUAUGACGAAGGUGUCAUCAGGUCUUUCUUUACCUGGAAGAUGUGGGCUGUCCUCAAUCUCAUUGAGCCUCUCCAGAGGCUGAAGCCCGUCACUGUUACGCGGGAUCUACAAUACGCAAUGUUUCGAUGUAAGAAUCAAGCGGAAUGGCAAAGGAACGCCAAGAUGAUAUGCCAGGAGCAUUCCGAGAAGAUCAGGGAGCUUGUCGCUAAACACCGUCUCUUGGAGUACAAGCUUGGGUCUGGGUGGGAGACUUUGUGCGAGUUUCUCGAUAAAAAAAUACCGGACAAGGCUUUUCCGCAUCUUAAUGAUGGCAAAGAGUUCGAGCUGUGGAUGAAUCAUUUCUAACAAAGGGAGGUGAGGAGAGGACAGAUGGCUGCGGCGAGGUAUUUGAUCGUGCCGGUAGCUGCCUCUGGUAUCGCGUUGGCGUUCAUGAAAAUCUGGAGGUUCUGGACAUGAUAUGUGGUCAAACCGUGCGUCAGGAUUACCUUGGACGCCGAAGAUUGUUUCG